AUGGCCCCCCUGCGCCGUUACCUCCGCAUCACCAAGUACUCCGUGCUCGAGUGUCGCAUCUACCUCGACAACCCCGCCCUGGCCCAGUCGUGGCUGCUGCACCCGCGCGAUCCCGUGCUGCCGCGCGUCCUCGAGAGCAUCCGUCCGCUGGUGCUGCCGAAGCUGGUCGAGGAGCGCGAGCGUGCCCGCAAGAAGGGCGCCAAGAACAAGGGUGUCAUCAAGGAUGUCCUUGUCGAAGACGACUUUGAGGUGUCCCUGUUCCUGACCGAGACCGAGACCCGACACUCGCUGCUGCGAAAGCACCGCAAGGCCCGCGACAAGACCCAGACCCGGCUGGUGUCCAAUUCGACCAGGCUGACGGGCGCCUCGCUGGACACGCCCGUCGACGUGGACGCGGUCCCGCCUACGCUGCUGCGUCAGGACAGCGACGACGAGGCACCGGCUGCUGUCCUGCAGAACAUCCCUGCGAUUGCUGCCGUGCCGGCCGGCAGCGAGGACGGCGAGGUGGCGGGCACACGUCGCAGCAAGCGCCAACGGCAGGUUGCGGUGCAGGUGGACGACAGCGAGGACGAGGGCGAUGACGAUGACGACGACGACGACGGCAAAUCCGACCAUUCCGACCAUUCCGGCACGGAUAGGCCUCCGGCCAAGCGAUCGCGAGCCAAGACGACCGAAAACGGCCCCGACAGCAAAAAAGAAAAACUCGCCAUGGACGUCCUCUACGAGGGCUUUGCCAUCUACGGACGCGUGCUCUGCCUCGUGAUCAAGAAGCGCACGCCCGCGGCCAUCAGCAUCAACAACAAGAACACCACAGCCAAGACAAAGAGCCGCAGCACCGGCCCGACGGGUGCCAGCACCGCUGCAGCACGGCCGGCCGGCCUCGCUGCCAUGGAGAAUUGGAUUGCGUCGACGCAGGCGGUGCCGGAAGCGAUGGAGGCCGACGUGCCGUGA